GCAUUUUGCCCUGCUGCGCGCUUCCUUAACAACUCAACUGUACUCGUGUUCACGUUUAUUGGCUCAGAGUGACUCGUUUCCCAUAUAGGUGAUUUUACACUGACCUGGCUCCUUGGAACGGUUUCCAACAACACAAUUCACACGAAAUGUCUAAAUUGGAGCAGGUCCUUGAUCUUGAACCACCGUAUGAUCUCAAAUUUAAAGGACCCUUCACAGAAGUAGUGACCACAAACCUCAAGCUCAAAAAUCCCUCUGACAGAAAAGUAUGCUUCAAAGUGAAGACGACUGCACCUCGCCGGUACUGUGUACGGCCCAACAGCGGCAUGAUUGAGUCAGGAGCCACUGUUACUGUCUCAGUAAUGCUCCAGCCCUUUGAAUAUGACCCCAAUGAAAAAAGUAAACACAAAUUCAUGGUACAGACAAUCUUUGCACCAUCCACUGCUACAGACAUGGACGCAGUGUGGAAAGAUGCGAAGCCAGAUGAUCUGAUGGACUCCAAGCUGAGAUGUGUGUUUGAACUGCCCUCUGAAAACGAUAAAAUGAAUGAUGUCGAUGCAACCAAAGCUGCACCCGUCCUCAACUCCAAAGCAGAUGGCACGUCGGCGCCAAGGCCCAGCAGCGCGUCCAUGGAUGACUCUGAGAUGAAGAAACUGAUGGCUGAGUGCAAGAGGCUGCAGUACGAUGUGGGCAAACUCUCAGACGAGAACAGACAACUCAAGGAUGAGGGCCUGAGGAUGAGGAAGUCCCACCGGUCAGACGACAUGGUCACCGGCUCGGGCGCCAUGAUGAGCAAACAGCACUCUUCCAGCUCCCUCCCCUCGCUAAUGGUCGUCAUAGCAGCUAUCUUCAUCGGAUUCUUCCUAGGGAAGUUCGUCUUGUAGGGGUGGGGAGGGGGUGGGCGAGAGAGAAGGAAAGCGGGCCGGCAUAGCCUCUCAUUUGUCUCCCAAGACCCUCAAGGUUAAAGUGUGUGUUAUCGUUGACCUGCCAUUAUCAGUGAUAGUGUCAGCUCACUGCGUAUGUACAUAUGUUCUGUGUACCCGAAUAAUAAACUGGCCUCGCCUUUUACAAUCUCACACGGUUAGUACACAUGUGUGGGAAAACAGAGAGGAA